GAAGAGCAGAAGCAGCUGGAGCCUAUUAGUUUCCCAGGAGCCAACCUGGUGCAUAUAAAAAGAAAAGGAAUAAUAAAUCACUGGCUGACUGAUGGAAAGACCAAUAGCUAUAUUGAGAGAAACAGUCCACAUGCAAAGGACAACAACUAUUCUCUUGCUUGUUUAAAACUUAAGGAAAGGGAUGGGGACUUUUGUUUGUUUACCUUGAACCUGAAGGCAAAGGAAAUCAGAGAUUUAUUUUGUUUAACCCCAAAACCAUGGAUUUAGGAUACCAGAAGAGCAAGAUGUAAAAUAGUGAAUCCUUAUGCAAAACUUGGAAGAAAUGUGAUAAUUUACAUGGCAACUUGUGAAAAGUACAGAUGAUUUUUUUCCCUGAUAGGAUCAUGCCUUGGGCACCACGUAUAUGCAGAGCAUCAAGUGAGUAUCUGAGAGAUCCACUGUGCUGUCAUAAAGGCUCCCUGCCUGGAUAUGGUGAUGUUCCUGUGGGGGAGGGGGGACAUGGUGUGCUCAUUUGUGAUCUGAGAAUCCAGCUGGAUUAGUCUUUUGAAGUAACUGGAGCUUAGGACUCGGGAACUCACCCUAGGACACGAUGCCCAUCAAACCAAUUGGAUGGAUAUGUGGGCAGGUGAUCAAAAGAUUUUCUGGACAAGUUUACCUAAUCCAGAGAGCAGUUGUGGAAAUUAUAGAUGAGAUUAAGGAUGAAUUUCCAACCAUAAUUGGAUUGCAACAAUCAAACCAGGAAAUUGUUCCCAUUCUACAAGCAUCCAGAUCAGUUGUGGCAAGUGCAUUCUCUUCAUCUCCUUGAGUAAGAGUUAUUAAUGGGCUAAACACAAUAUCAACAUCUUCAAAAUCUGUUGCCAAAGUCUUGCAGCCACAACUUGUACAAAAUUUUGCAGAGUUAAAUACUAUGUCUCAUCGUCUUCUGAAAAAUGUAAACAUACCAAAGCAGCCUCUCUAUAAAAAUCAGGGUAGAACAUUUUCCCUGUUUGAUGUGAUCUCCUAUCCAGCAAAGACUGCUCUCACCAGCAUAAUGUGUGCUUCCUACGCAGCACUAAUUUAUGUGGCAGUCUCUAUUAACACAGUACUAGGGAAAAUAAAACACAUUGUGCAAGAUGAAAAGACCUCAAGAGAAAACGCUAAGAAUGAGGAAGGAAAAGAUGUAUUCUCCAAAUAUGAAGAUUUAGCAAGUUUCCCUGUAUCCUCUCCAGAGAAGCAAGUCUUUUCUGAAUUUCCUGCUGAAGAUUCAACUAAGAGCAGCAUUCACAUCCUACAUUCUGCACUGGAUCAAGAUACAGUACUUAGUAGUGGUAACUGAAGCUCAAACAUGCUUGUGAGCUUUUUGUUAGUGCAUUGAAUGUUUAAACAAAAACACUUAACAUAUACAGAAUUUACAUUCUCUAUUUGUUAAUAAAAUAAUAAUUAGUACAAAUAGUUUAAUGUCUUCAGAGUUCCUUGACUAGUGAAAGAAAAAAAAAUCUAGGUAUGUGUCACUCAGAACAGUUGUGGCUGAGGGCCUUACUAUGAAUGUUUUUAGUGCCAUGUUCUAUAGCAUUUAAAUUUCUUCGUGACACAAAGUGUUGUGUAAAUUUCACUGAUUAUGCAAGUAAAAG